CAUGGCGACCAUAGGAGAAUCUGUCGCGGUCUUGCACGUGAAAGAUGCAAAAUUAGAAGAUGUAGGCGAAUCGUUUGAACCAACACACAUAACAGUUACAUACAAUACAAAAUACAUAUCAGUUGUCGAGACUGAAACACAGAAGACAGUCAAAAGUUGGUCAGUGAGAAGAGGACAAGAAAUAACCAGUCCUACAGUAUGGAAUGAAAAAGAAGGAUUUGUUACUGUUAUAGAUAAAAAGGAAGUGAGAUUGUGGACAAAAGAUGAAGUAAACUUUGAAAAAUGUAAAAAGAAACAUUUUAACUACAACAUCCACCAGAUACUAUCAGUAAAGGGGUAUAAACCUGUCGUUGUGUGUGAAAAUGGGGCUAUCAAUUUUCUUUCAAAAAUAAAGGAUUCCAUUGGCAUUCUAGAAGAUGGUGAUUUUAUUCUUAAAUGUCAGGCAUUCAUCAUCAAAGACAGACUGGUUGUUCUGUGUUUAGUGCAGAAACAGAAUAAAAGUUUACAGAUGAUUUCACAUACUUUCUCAGACGAUGAUACAGAUAGUACCUGGUCAUGUGACACCAGUGAUGUAGAUUUUCAGGUAGAUACACCUGUAUGUACCUGUCACAUGAAGCAGUUUGGUAAUGAUGUGAGAUGUCAUGUUUUAUAUUCCAGUGGUGACCUUCAUAGUUUAAAUGUUUCACCUUUAACAAACAGUAUCAGAAGUCAGAAAUUAUGCCAUUUGAAUUGUUUGCAGAAGUCUGUUUCCAUUGUGAUACUUAACUCAACACAUAUUGCUAUUGCUGGCAUCAAACAAGGCAACCACAUUGGUUUAGGUAUCUACGACACCAGAUUUGAUGUAUUACACACAUUUAGACCAUUCACAGAGGAUAUGGCCGAAGACAUUAAACUUUUCCAUUGUAAUAACUGCCUGUUUACAUCCUAUGGGAAAACUUUGUAUAUGUAUCCAUACUCAUGUCAAAGGUCAACAGUAGCUACAAUACUAGGAAAACAGAAUAUACAGACAGACAAUUUGGACCAUGUGGCAGAAUGGGGCACAAAAGUACCAAAGAAAAAAGACUGUGAAAAAGAAGAAAAUAUAAGAAACAUUUUACAGCAGUUAUCAGAUAAGACACAGGUGACCAACUAUAAAAAGUUUACUGAAAUGUUUAAUAAAGUGAAGCCAUUAUUAUCAGACCUUGAGAGUCAAAGUAAUUUGAUGCUACAAUUUGUGCAACGUUGUCUCACUGAAGAGAAGUUCUUCCCAAAGACAGAAGUACAGUUUCUUAUAAAAACACAGGCUAUACCUUCUGUAUUAAUGACACAUCUGUUUGAUGCUCUAAUCAAACAUAAAGCAACAGGUUUGCUGAAAAAUACUUUGGAGUAUAUCUCCAAUAUACCAGAAUCUUGCCUCUGUAAGAUGUUAGAUUUUAUUCUGAGUUUAGAAGAAAAAGAUUUAGAUGGACAAAUAAAUGGUCAGUCAACCAUAGAGGGAUGUCCACUUCCCUCUACUAAGAUGUAUUUUAUAAAUCAGAUCUUACAUGUGUCAUUCAAUGAUGUGUUCCUGGUAGAGUGUGUCGGAAUGCUGUCAUUUAAAAAUGUUCUGGCUUUGUUAGAGUAUUUAUACUUUCUGCUAAACAUUGGAACAGAACAGAUAGAAGAAAUACCAAACAAUCCUUCAUUGGAGCAGGUUGUAGACUGGUUAUGUUGUAUAUUAGAUGGACAUUUUACACAACUAAUUAUCUCUCCUGAUGCCAGAGGUGUACUUGUGCAUCUGCAUAGUAUUGUAGAAUCUCAGGUUGAGUUUUACGAUGAGUUACUAAGUUUAGAUGCUCUACUACAACAACUGGAAUCUAGAUGUGCAAUACCAAAAAACAAGAUGGUUGGACAGUACUGCAUAGAAGUUUUACACAUACUAUAAAUAAAGUUCAUAUUAAUUCA